CGCCAUGGAUCACGUGAAACUGGUGAACGACCCCAUAGAUAUCGCCCAUAUCCAUCAGUUGCUGGCCGAUGAAGGCUGUGGAGCCUCGUCCGUUUUCGUGGGCACUACGCGCGAUAAUUUUCAAGGAAAAAAGGUGCUUUCAUUGGCGUACGAGGCCUACGAUAGCAUGGCACUCAAGGAAAUGAAUAAAAUCUGCUCAGAUCUCCGAUCUAAGUGGCUCGAUCUAAAGCACAUAGUCAUAUAUCAUCGAUUGGGAACAGUGCCCGUAUGCGAAGCCAGUGUAGUUAUAGCCGCCUCGUCACCACAUCGUUCUGAGGCCUUAGAAUCAGUAUCUUUUGCAAUAGACCAGCUAAAAACUCGGGUUCCCAUCUGGAAAAAGGAAAUUUACGAGGGCGAUAACGACGGCGAAUGGAAGGAGAACAAGGAGUCCAUCAGGCCUAAGAAAUCGAAAAGUGGCUUCAACUACGCAGCUUGUCCCUGCAAAGUGGAGGAGUCACAUGACGUCCCGCGAACUCUGGUGCAAAUUAGAGUUAAUGACGCUGAGUUAACCAAGCGUUUAGAAUGUUUUGUCAACAGAAAACGAGACGAAAUAAACUCACAAAAUGUAAUUGACUUCAAAUCGUCUUUUGUCAGCUCAGACAAAGACUUGAGCGACUCCUGCGCUCGAACGCAGAGCACAAUUAUCAAACAGGAGCAGUCAAAUUGCCAUUUAAAAGUUCGACGAGUAAACAAUCGCUGCGGACCUCAACAAAUGGAAAUGCGACCCAACUACGAACUCGAACUGAAUAAACUAAUGGGAUCGCGUGACGGUCAAACGGAUCCAAUCAAAGAAAUGAGGAAAUCGCUACCCAAUUCACGACUACAGGCAAUUGAAUCGUACAUGGGCCUAACUACCGACAACGAGGAAAACAUUUUCAGUAGAAUCAAAAGAGUGGAAAAUAGACUGCUGCAACUGGAGUCCAUUUCGCCCGAGUACAGGCACUUCACCAAACGAGAACCUUCUUCUAUGGAAGCCGCGCCGCCGAAGAAGAUCAGAAAGAAAUCGUAUUCGGCGCAAGAAUUAAGUGCGUUCAUUCAAAAGAUUAAGGAUGGCAGCGAAUUUAGCUAAUAAAAACCUAAUUAAUUAUUA